AUGAUCCUUAUCUUUUGCGCAACCUUUCAUGUCAUGCUUGUUUCAGGUUUUUCUCUCAAUGACCAAGUCCACCAGGAUCCUCCUGAAUUAUUCUGUAUGACUGAAGACAAACCCAGAAUCAACUGCAAGCAUGAAAUCCAGGACUACAAUCGGAUCCUCUGGUACAAACAAUCAAAGGACCGUCGGAUGCAGUUCCUCGGGUACAUGAAUGUUAAAGAUGGCUAUCCAGAGAAUGGAGUGAAAGUGACAAUAACUGGAAAAGCAACUAAGGGAGAAACCUGCACUUUAACAUUAGAGGGAGUCGACCUGAGCAGCAGCGGUGUUUAUUUCUGUGCAGCUACUUAUCAAGGCGUCAACUUGAAUCCUGCUUACUUCGGUAGAGGCACAAAACUCACAGUUUUAGAAGACGGACGAAAACCUACUCCACCAACAGUGAAAAUUUUUCCACCGUCACCUAAUGAGUGCAGAUACAAAGACAAACCAGAUUGGAAAAUAAGGAAGACGCUGGUCUGUGUGGCCUCUGGUUUCUACCCAGAUCAUGUCAGUGUUUCCUGGAAGCUCAAUGACGAGGACGUCACUGAUGAAGUGGCGACUGACCCGGCCGCCAAGUGGGAUAAGAAUAAAAAAUAUUACAACAUCACCAGCAGGCUGAGGGUUCUUGCAAAGUACUGGUUCAAACCCGAGAUUAAAUUCAGUUGCAUCGUCCAUUUCUACAAUGGAGAAAAAAACACCACACACCCAGCCUCUAUUUCAGGAAAUGAAAAAGCUAACAUCAUGACACGAGAAAAAUACCUGAAGAUCACCCAGAACGCCAAAGUCUCCUACAGCGUCCUGAUCGUGAAGAGCUGCGUCUACGGGGCCUUGGUCUGCUUCCUGGUGUGGAAGCUUCAGAGUUCAUCGAGGAAACGGAGCAAGUGAAAAUGAAGAAAACCAGAACCAGAGGCUUAUUUCAGGAUAAAACUCUUGAUCUUCUGUAAAUACAAUUUAAGGGUAGAAACAUCUAUUUCUCUUUAUUAACCUACAAAUGAGAUGAUAAAACUUUCUAAAUAAAAAAAACAUAUAUAUAUAUAUUCCUGUUAAAAAAUUUAAAGCUUUUUUUUUACCCUACUUGCUAUUUUUUUCUUAAUAAAGACAUCUUAUCAAAUAUUU